GAGAAGCCAAAUGGAAGAAUAAGAUUUGACUUGAGUGUGCUCGAACUAAAUUUUAUAAAGAAGAAAGAAACAGAAAACGAAAGAAAGAAAGAAAAAGGAAAGAGAGAGAAGAAAAAUUCAAUCAGAUCGAAUACAAUCUUGACGUCCGCAGCAACACACCUUUCUCUCUCUACUUUCUCUCUCUAAAAAGGACCUAAGCUUGAGAACAGAGUAGGGCCCUUCACUGAACAAGAACAAGAAGAGGAAGGAGAAACCCUAGAAAGAAAGGACCAACUCAGCUCAACUCAACUCAGCUCUACUCGGCUAUACUCAGCUUAACUCAACUCAACUCUUCAUAUUUCUGCGCACAAUUCAAAUUCCUUUUCCAUUCCGUUCUCAUUUUUUUUCCUCUCAGAACUGUUUUCUCUUCGGUUUCAACUCGACUCAUGCGGAAGGUGUUUGGAGUGUGCACAUUUCAAUGUUUGAGUUUGUUUCGGAAGCGCAGCAAGGGCUUGGACUUUGCGUUGAAAUGAAACGUUGUGUGGUUUGAGUGUUAGAGGGUUUGAUUGUGGUAAUUAUUGGGCUUAGGUUUUGAAAGGGAAGUAACAGUGAAGAGAAUGGUUCCUCCUGGCCCCCCUACGCCUCUUGGUGCCCAGUCUGUGCCGUCACUUUUGAGAUCGAAUUCUGGAAUGUUGGGGGGUCAAGGCGGCCCUGUGCCUUCACAAACUUCGUUCCCUUCGCUGGUUGCGCAGCGAAACCAGUUUAACAACAUGAACAUGAUAGGUAAUAUGUCUAAUGUAACUUCCUUAUUGAAUCAGUCUUUUCCGAAUGGAAUUCCGAAUUCUGGACUAGCUGGCCAUGGGAGCAGCCAGCGCGGUGGAGGGGUUGAUGCUGGGGCAGAAUCGGAUCCGCUCUCUGGUGUUGGCAGUGGAAUCAAUUUUGGCAAUGCUUUGCAAUCGAAUUUGGGUAACCCGGGUUCAUCUGGUCAAGGUCAGAGUCAACAAUUUUCAAAUGCUUCUGGUAACCAGAUGAUGUCAGAUCAACAGCAUUCCCAGCAACUCGAACUUCAGAGUUUUCAGCAUAGUCAACCAUCAAUGCAACAGUUCUCUGCUCCUCUGAACGCUCAGCAGCAACAACAGCAUUUUCAGUCAAUUCGUGGUGGAAUGGGUGGUGUUGGAUCGGUUAAGUUGGAGCCACAGGUAAACAACGACCAGUUUGGGCAGCAGCAGCAGCAAUUGUCUUCAAGGAAUCUUGCUCAGGUGAAGUUGGAACCUCAACAGCUUCAAACAAUGAGAAACAUGGCAGCAGUAAAAAUGGAGCCUCAACAUACUGAUCAACAGUUUUUGCAUCAGCAACAGCAACAGCAGCAACAACAACAACAACUUCUCCACAUGUCAAGGCAAUCCUCUCAGGCUGCUGCUGCUCACAUGAAUCAUCUGUUGCAGCAGCAGAGACUUUUGCAAUAUCAACAACAUCAGCAACAGCAACAACAACAACUCUUGAAGGCAAUGCCUCAACAACGACCCCAUCUACCACAGCAGUUUCAACAGCAGAAUAUGCGGUCUCCUGUGAAGCCUCCUUAUGAACCUGGAAUGUGUGCUAGGCGGCUAACCCAUUACAUGUAUCAGCAACAGCAUAGACCUGAAGAUAAUAACAUUGAAUUCUGGAGGAAAUUUGUUGCUGAGUAUUUUGCUCCGAAUGCCAAAAAGAAGUGGUGUGUUUCCAUGUAUGGAAGUGGCAGACAAACUACUGGAGUUUUCCCUCAGGAUGUAUGGCACUGUGAAAUAUGUAAUCGCAAACCUGGCCGUGGGUUUGAAGCAACUGCGGAGGUUCUUCCUAGGCUUUUCAAAAUAAAGUAUGAAAGUGGUACUCUGGAAGAGCUCCUUUAUGUUGACAUGCCUCGAGAAUACCAUAAUUCCUCUGGACAAAUUGUCCUAGAUUAUGCAAAAGCAAUACAAGAAAGUGUUUUUGAGCAACUUCGUGUUGUUCGUGAUGGUCAGCUUCGAAUAGUUUUUUCUCCAGACCUGAAGAUAUGCUCUUGGGAAUUUUGUGCUCGGCGACAUGAAGAGCUCAUUCCUAGAAGACUGUUAAUACCUCAGAUUAGUCAGCUUGGAGCAGUUGCUCAAAAAUACCAGGCAAUUACUCAAAAUGCGACACCCAACUUAUCUGUUCCAGAGUUACAAAGUAAUUGCAACAUGUUUGUUGCAUCAGCCCGUCAGUUGGCAAAAGCUUUGGAAGUUCCAUUGGUCAAUGAUUUAGGAUAUACAAAGAGAUAUGUGCGGUGCCUUCAGAUAUCAGAAGUGGUAAAUAGUAUGAAAGACCUGAUAGAUUAUAGCAGAGAAACACGAACUGGACCCAUGGACAGCUUAGCAAAAUUUCCUCGUAGAACAAGUGGUUCGUCUGGACUUCAUAGUCAGGCACAACAGUCUGAAGAUCAUUUACAGCAGCAGUCACAGCCUCAGCAGCCACUCCCGCAUAUGGUUCCCCAUACUUCAAAUGGUGAUCAAAAUUCUGUGCAAACUGCUGCGAUGCAGAUUACUUCUACCAAUGGUGUGACAAAUGUAAAUAAUUCUGUCAAUGCAGCAUCUGCAUCAACCACCACAAGCACCAUUGUUGGACUUCUCCACCAGAAUUCUGUGAAUUCUAGACAAAAUUCAAUGAACAAUGCAAGUAGUCCUUAUGGAGGUAGUUCGGUUCAAAUUCCAUCCCCAGGUUCGUCUGGUAAUGUUCCACAAGCGCAACCAAAUGCAUCCCCUUUUCAAUCACCCACACCAUCCUCAUCUAACAAUCCACAAACAUCUCAUCCGGCAUUAACUUCUGGAAACCACAUGGGUACGGCAAAUUCACCAGCCAAUAUUCCCUUGCAACAACAACAGACUUCUCACCCUGCUGAAGCUGACACGACGGAUGCCCAGAGCUCAGUCCAGAAAAUCAUUCAUGAUAUGAUGAUGUCCUCCCAGAUGAACGGCCCAGGUGGAAUGACUGGUUCUCUUGGAAACGACAUGAAAAAUGUAAACGGGAUUCUACAAGGGAGUAACAAUUCAGGGCUCAACAAUAACGGUGGCCAUGUGGGUAAUGGGGGUGUGAACAGUAAUUCAGGUGUUGGGGUUGGUGGUUAUGGCACAAUGGGUCUUGGUCCAUCGGGUAUGAGCAAUGGAAUGAGACCUGUAAUGGGACAUAAUUCCAUAAUGAAUGGAAGGGGAGGACUGGCAUCUCUUGCUCGCGAGCAAGUUAUGAAUCAGCAGGAUUUGUCAACCCAACUACUUAGUGGGCUAGGAGCAGUAAAUGGCUUUAAUAAUCUUCAAUUUGAUUGGAAACCAUCUCCAUGAGAGCCUUUGUAAUCUUAUGGAUGUUGCGAUUCUUGGGCGGCUGCUUGUGCAGCAUGAGAAAUGCUAGAAUUGCCUUCGCCCCACUGGCCCUCGAGAUGGCAGAACACAAUAUGGGGUCGUGAUAGGGUCCUUGUACUAAUCUGUUGUUUUUAUAUAUAUAAAAGUGAAAAUUUGUUGGCUGGUUGUUUGGCU